AUGCCCACUUACUUCGAUACCAUUGCGAUGAACUUCGCCAACGUUGAGGUUGGCCCAGAUGGAAUUGAGACAGUUCAAUUCCUGCAAGCUGCGGAGGCUCUCUCGAACAUGUUCACUCUAUUCAACUCGACCGCAUUCAGCGUUGUCCAGAGCGACAUCAAUGGCAACAUCAAGAAACUUCGUGAACGGUACGACGCAACUGGUGAGAAGUCGCGUACCAUCGAAAUGUUGGUGGUAAACGAGCAAGGCGAGAAGAAUCGCACAGCAACCCAGGGCUUGCUCUGGCUGAACCGCGGUCUUCGAUUCACCUACGUUGGCCUGAAGCAUUCUUAUGACCACGCGGACAGCGCACUCUCAGAGAGUUUCAACAUUUCCUAUGGCGAGACCCUCAGGGCCCAUCACAGCUUCAUUACUCGUGGUGUCUUCAGUGUCGCUGUGAGGGCGGUUCCUCAUCGCGCUAGCCUAUUGAAGUCACUCGGCGAGCCGGAGGACCGAGUUCUCCAGCAGCUCGACGAAUGGCUCAACGCCCUUGGGCAGCUCACCCAACGCAUCGACAAGUUCUUCGAGACUAGUGACUACGCCAAGGGCUUUUGA